UUUGAGCGGGGUACAGCCGUGCUCAGUUACGUGUAUCUCCGAGAUAGUCGUGUGUGUUCACCGUCGCCGCGGCCGUUUGUUGUUCUCCGUAGACGGGAAUCGAGAUUUGAACGGUUUGGUCUAAUUUUAUCUCGCUACGGGCGCGGGGGAAUCGGCGCGAAGGUGUGUGUAUAUGUGCAAAAAUUGACGAAGAGAGAGAGGAUAACGCCUUUGGUGGUACGUUUUGAAAGCGAUUGUGCCCCAGAACUUCCACAAUUGGGUGUGUCGAAAGCAUAUGCUGACCUAGUGCAUAACCGAUCGAACCGUGGCGACAGUUGUUUGGUGGCAGCUACAGGCGAAGGAAGCAAGUGGUGUGAAUCGAUCAUGAUUGGAAUAAAAUUGCUAACGGUGGCGUGUCUGCUUGGUGUUGCAGCGGCCCAGCAGGACUACCAGCAGGACUAUCAGCAGGAGUAUCGGCCUGCACCGCAGCGGAUCGGGACCCAUGCCGCUGAACCGAAGCCAACACCAAUUCCGAUUCUCAAGCAAAUCAACAGACACAACGAAGAUGGCUCUUAUACCUACGGCUACGAAGGAGCGGACGGAUCAUUUAAAAUUGAAACUAAACUCGCGACCGGUGAAGUCAAGGGAAAAUAUGGAUACGUUGAUGAGAGCGGGAAGGUGAAGGUGGUAGAGUAUGGCGCUAACAAGUACGGCUUUCAGCCAUCAGGCGAAGGCAUCACGGUUCCACCGCCAACUCUAGUCGAUGAAACAACCGGGAAGGAUGCGCUGGUUGAUUACGAAGAAAAUAUUCCUGCUCCUCGACCUCAGAAACCUCGGCCAUCGAAACCGAGAUACCAAGAAGAAAUUCAGCAGCCGCGUCCGCAGCCGCAGUACUAUGACUACGAAGAGGAGCAGCAGCAACCUCAGCAACGUCAACACCAACCUCAACCACAGCCGCAAUAUCAGCAAGCUCAGUACGUUCAGACCUCGCAUUUCGGUCCAUCUGCUGGACCUGCUCCUGCACCCCAGAGAGCCCACAUCCCAAAUGCAGUCCCCAUCGAUGUGGUUUAUUCGCCAAAGCAGAGGCCUGCUCGCCCUGAACCAGACUACGAUACUCGCCCGCAAACUUUCCCCAAUGCAGCAGGUCCCGCGCCGAAACCGAAGAUCCGUUUUUCCGCACCGGCUUUCGCUGCCGCUAGUCCUGCACCGCUUCCAAAGUCGAACUUCGCUCCACAGACCUCCUUUGCACCCCAACCUGCUUUCGCACCUCAGCCGCGGCCGUCUCCAGCCGUCUAUCAGCCAAGACCCGCGCAAGGUCGCAGCACCAGCGUACUGGAUCAACUAGCUAAGGACUACGCUCUGCCGCAGGGAGGAGCGGCGCCGUUGCAUGAUAUCUCCUUCGGAUACUACUGAGCGCGCAAACCAAGAAGUGGAGGUUUGGGAUGGCGUUCAAAGAACUAACUGUUGCUCAUUUCAAUCCUGGUUUAGUCCUAGCGAUGCUAGGACCAAUACUGCCAUUGUAAGCCACUACAAGUGAUCCGUGUUAUAGUAUCCUUCUUUAGACUCUAGACAGCUCGGGGAGAAAGUUGGGUGUACACUCAGUGAAUGGAAUGAAUAACAUGCUUUUAAGUGAUGAUGAAGAACUGAUUAUAUAUUAAUAAAAACUGAGGAAUGAUGGAUCAUGA